GUGUGCACAGCGCUGCUGGCGGCCCUGCCCCGCCGGCGCGGCGGGCGCGGGGAGGGGCGGCGCCCGCUGCUCGGCUGCGCCACCGCGAGCGGCGCGCUCGGCGCGUUCCCGGCCGGGUUCCAGAGGUGCGUCGCCGUGCUCGAGAAGUUCUCUACCUCCAACCUCGGCCUCAUGAUGCGGCUCAGCACGCUGAACUUCUGCAAAAUAUACAUGGCCAUGCUCGUCCUGCGCAUCACGAUCAUGUGGUUCCCGAACAUAAACCCGUACCGCCAGCCCUUCUAUUCGAUGAUACAGCUCACCGAUCCUUACCUCAACCUGUUCCGAGGAUGGAUGCCGCCCAUUUUUGGUAUCGACCUCUCGGUGAUCCUGGCCUUCGUCGUUCUCCAGGCUGCGCAAGACACGCUGGCCAUCUCGCGGUUCUAA